AUGUCGAACCAGACUCCCGAUAAUUGGGAGGAUGAGCUCUCCCAACAGACACAGGGUGUCAACCUGAACGCACAGGGUCGCCCUCAAGCCCAGGCGCCCAGCUUUCAGCCCGGCACCGCUUCUUUCACGCCAGGUGCCUCUUCGUUUGUCCCCGGCCAGCAGUACCAGCAGUAUGGCGGACAGCAGUACGGUGGCCAGCAGUACGCUCAAUAUGGCCAACAGUACGGUGGAUAUCCUCAGCAACAAGCGUACGGCCAGUACGGAGCCGCAUACAACCAACAGCCCGGUGGCUAUAACCAAUACUACAACCAGCCGCAACAGCAGCAAUACGGUGGUUACAACCAACAGCCCCGUCAGAAUGUUCCUGUAGCCGCACCGCAGCAAGCUGCCCCAGCUCAGUCCGCUCCUCGACCUGCUUCGAACGCCGCCCCUCCCAAGGCCAAGGUCCUGUCGAUCGGCGCUACUUCGUCAAGUGCCGCCCCCAAGACUAAGGUCCUCUCUAUCGGCACUCCCUCCGCCGCCCCUGCCGCCAGCACUUCGGGAGCCAACACACCAAAGGAUACCAAGGGUGUGGCGGCCGCGGAGGCUGGUGCUAAAGUGAUGGCUAGCAAGGCCAUCGACAAGACGGAAAACAAGGCGGAUGCGAAGGCUGCUGCCGCUGGUAACACCUCGCCUGCUCCAUCUUCGGGCCGCUCGAGCCCAGGACGCGCCAGCCCCUCUCGGGUUGAAGCGGCCAAGGCUGCUCGUGAUGUUGAUGCUGUUGCCAAGGCGCAACAGGCGGAUGUCGACGAGGCAACGCUGAAGGAAAUUUAUGGCGAAAAGAGAGAGCACGUCAAUGUCGUGUUCAUCGGCCACGUCGACGCUGGCAAGUCCACCUUGGGCGGCUCCUUGCUCUACUGCACUGGCAUGGUGGACGACCGGACAAUGGAGAAGUACAAGAAGGAGGCGAAGGAGGCCGGUCGAGAGACCUGGUACCUCUCGUGGGCCUUGGAUUUGACCGCCGAGGAGCGUUCCAAGGGUAAGACCGUUGAGGUCGGCCGUGCCUUCUUCAAGGUCCAAGUUCCGUCGCCAGAUGGCCCCAUUGAACGUCAGUUCUCCAUUCUAGACGCCCCCGGCCAUAAGUCCUAUGUGCCCCACAUGAUUGGCGGUGCUUCUCAAGCAGAUCUUGGUGUCUUGGUUAUCUCGGCCCGAAAGGGUGAAUAUGAGACUGGUUUUGAGAAGGGUGGCCAGACUCGUGAGCACGCACUUCUUGCGCGGAACACUGGUGUUGAGAAGCUCGUGCUGGUUGUGAACAAGAUGGACGACCCCACUGUGGACUGGAGCAAGGCUCGAUUCGACGAGUGCACGGUCAAGGUCCUGAAGUUCCUGGAGGCUCUUGGCUACAAGAAGGCGGACGUUUUCUGCAUGCCCAUCUCCGCUCAGCGCACUAUCGGAAUUAAGGACCGAGUGCCCAAGGAUCUAGCGCCAUGGUAUGAUGGACCCUCGCUGCUUGAAUUCCUUACGGAAUUCAAACUUCCUGAGCGUAAGGUCAAUGCUCCCUUCAUGAUGCCGAUUAGCGCAAAAUACCGAGACAUGGGUACCAUGGCAGAGGGUCGCAUCGAAUCGGGUGUGAUCAAGAAGAACGGCACUUAUCUGAUGAUGCCCAACCGGACGGAGAUCCAGGUCUCCGCUCUGUAUGGUGAAACUGAAGACGAAAUUCCGACCGCCACCUGCGGUGACCAAAUCCGUCUGCGGCUGCGUGGUGUGGAAGAAGACGAUUUCUUCCCUGGCUUCGUCCUUUGCUCGCCGAAGCGCCCUGUUCACUGCGUCUCUGCUUUCGAGGCCAAGAUUCGUAUCCUGGAGUUGAAGAGCAUUCUCACUGCCGGUUUCAACUGCGUGCUCCACGUCCACUCUGCUAUCGAAGAAGUCACAUUUGCUGCCCUCCUUCACAAGCUUGAACCCGGCACCGGCCGCAAGAGCAAGCGCCCACCUCCCUUCGCCAGCAGGGGCCAGACGAUCAUUGCUCGCCUCGAGGUCACCAGCACUGCUGGUGCGGUCUGCGUUGAGAAGUUCGAGGAUUACCAGCAGCUUGGACGAUUCACACUACGUGACCAGGGACAAACCAUUGGUAUUGGCAUGAUCACUAAGCUCAUCCACAGCGAUACCGACACCGCGUAA